CUUGAAACUGCGCAACAUCCUUAGUUUUCUUUUUUUCUGCCGCGAGAGGCGGUCCGGGUAUUGUUUUGACUUCAUUAUGGAAGUUACAGUUCAUCUUGUUGUGCUAGAAGUUGAAGUUGUACGAGUCUGACUCUGACGAGUGGUUAGCUUCUUACUUUCCUUUCUUUGAGCGAAUCUUUUUUUGUCAGCUGUUUCUUUGACUCUGAGAAGAACCUGAGGCUGAUUCAAUUUUCAAAUAUUCUUGACUUUCUUGUGUAAAGCGCCUCAAGGAUAAUUUCCGAGGCUAUAAGUCAAGCCAGCGUUGUUUUGCACCAACGUAGUACAUGUACAGUAGAACAACUUCAGUACGCUGAAGUCACAUAACAAUUUCCCUCAUUGUACUAAUCCUAAUGAGAGCCUCUGAUAAUUUCCGCCUUUUUUUGUUCCACUUCCAAUUUUCCCAAUUUUCCAUCCACUUUUAGGAGGUCUUCGAUUUUCUCAAAACUACAAAGAAAAAACCUCGUGGACGAGGUGCACUACUUGAUGCAAAGAAGUGGCGCAUCCCCCACCCACCCAGACAGCAAGAUGAGGUUGCUGUGAAAGGUAGUCACGUUGCGCUCGCAAAAUUUUUGCGGUUUUGCGAGGGCAACAUAAAACACUAAACCCCAAUUUUGUAAAGCAUAAACUUUUCACCCCCCACUUACUUUACACUUGUUCCUCGUGGUGCCACUUUUGGAUUCUGCACGACAGCCCGCCACGCAAUCAAGAUGUCGGCGGCUGCGCAGGCUUUGACGUCGAAGCUGAAAAACAAGUACAACUUGUCGGACGUGCAGAACUUGUGUCCCUUCAUGCGCCAGCUGCUGAAAUCGUCCGGAGACAACAUUGGGAAGAUGUAUGACAAUCAUUUUGAUCUGCUUCAAAGAUGCCUUUUGUCUCAUCCAACACAAACAUGACUUCGCAUUUUUGCAUUUGCAAUACACAAUUUUAUUAAACACAAACGCAUCAUCAAGACAAACCCCUCUUCUACAACAGCACCGCUCAGUUGGAAGCCAAAGCGUCGAUGUGUCCGGUGGUCUCGAAAUUUCAGGACAAGGUCGUGAUCAAGAAUGACCUGGACUACACGACCAACUGCGCCACCCCCGCCUCGACGGUGACCUCUACUCCGACAACUGCCCGUAGCCGUGCCGGAUCGGAUACUGCCGGAGGUGCUUCUGGAGUAGGACUACACCAACAGUUGCAUCUUCAAACCGAUGCCGUUACAAACACGAACGGGAUUACAGGUGCUGGAACUAUCAAAACCACGGCAAAAACGCAACAAGGAAAUAAUACCAAACCGAAAUUCGUCCAAGAUCUUCCCCCCGGCCACCCACCAAUCCCCGCGAGCAGCGCCGGAGGACACAGCGCGAGCGGCGGUUGCCCGUUCCUCAUGUUGGGGUCCAACAUGUUCAUGACGCCGCUGGAACAGCAGCAAUUUAACGCCAAAAACAACGCUGCUGGAGCUGCGGGGCCGCAUAACAAAUCGAGAGGAGGACAUCUUCAAGGGGCUGGCUCUUUUCAACAUCUUCAAGCGACAAAUGCUGCAUCUACCGCAACUUCCACUCCGUUCAACACCAGCAACAACAUCAACAAUAAAACCCUUAUCGAGCGGAUCAUGGAGACGGGAAAGAUUCCGGAAGACACGAAACAAAUGAUGCUGAACGCUUUUCCCGCCGCGGCGAAGUGCUGUCCGUUGUUGAAAAGUGAGGAGGAGGAACAAGAAACUAAUCUGUUGCAGACCCCGACGAAACAAGUGAAGAGCCAAACUGCAACAAUUUCGGAUUUCAAAUCCCAAAAUUCAACGAAUUACCACAACAUCAGCUGGGAGCAGCACAAGAUGAAGGAGCAACUGUAUUCGAAAACGUUCCAAUCGGCGAUUUCCAAACUCCACGCGGAGGGUCGGUACCGCCACUUCGCAAAUCUCCAGCGGCAAUGCGGGCAGUUUCCGAACGCGGUGUUUCGGCAGGACAAUGUCGGACCAGGAGAUCCGGGCUCUUGUACCGCCGGCGGGAGCACUUCGUCAUCGAGCUCGACUACUUGCAGUUCGGCGAAUUGCCGUGACAUCCCAGGACUUGUUUCUUCAUCUUCAUCUCCAACCCCCCCAGCUUCCACGACCAAACUGGGCAAGAAGAAGUCAGUCAAGGAAAACAACAACGCCACUAACCAGGGCUUUCCCUCCGUGGUGAAAAUUUUCUGCAGCAACGAUUACCUCGGCAUGGGGCAGCACCCGAAAGUGUUGAAAGCCGCCCACGACGCGCUCGAUUCCACCGGCAUGGGCGCGGGGGGUACGCGCAACAUUUCCGGCACGACAAGCUUUCACGUUGAGUUGGAAACAGAGUUAGCCGAUCUGCACCACAUGGAGAAAGCGCUGGUCUGCUCCUCCGGCUUCGUCGCGAACGAAGCGUCGCUACAGGUGUUUGCGAAGCUGAUUCCGGAUUUGGUGCUGUUCUCCGACGCGGACAACCACGCAAGUAUGAUCGACGGGAUGCGGCAGUCGAAUAUCAAAUGUAAAAAUGUCUGGGUCUGGAAGAUUGCGAGAUUUGUCAUGCUUGUCUGGCAUGGCCAAAAAGUUUGUGAUGCGUGUCAAAGAAGAGACCCUUUCGCCUGUCAUGCAAAAACGCAGUUUGUCAUGCGAAACACGCAACACAAAGAAGCGCAGAUAUUUCUCAUGCUUGGCUGUGCAUUACAGAGCAUUCACUAUUCCCACUGCAGCAUUACAAGUUUCCAGACCCAGACACUUCUGCACUUGAUAUCGAAGUGUAAGAAGCACAUUUUCAAACACAACGACAUGGAGGAUUUGGAAAAGUUGUUGAAGCAAUACCCGCUCGAGCACCCGAUAUGGCGUUCUCAACUGUUACAUUCUCAGCUGUUACAUGGAUUUGUCAUGCAAAAUUGCCUUCAGAAUCGACACCAUCAAGCUGCUUCGCAUGACAAAUUCGCAGAGGGCCAAGCAGGCUGAUAAUCGGGGCCAAGUCUGUCAUGCAAGACGCGCAGGACCCCCCUUUCACUUUUGCCAUUCUUGCAUCACAAAUUCAUGUAACAAUUGAGAAUGUAACAGUUGAGAACGUUAUACCCGAAAAUGAUCGUGUUUGAGUCCGUGUACUCCAUGUCGGGGUCGAUCGCGAAAAUGGCGGAGAUUGUCGCGUUGGUAUGCAUUGCAAAAGUAUCGCACUCGUACUAAUUGCAGUUUAUGCAUUACAAAUCUAGGUGUUAAGGGAAAUCCGCACUACAGAUUUGAUUUCUAAUGCUGAGCCAAUUUGUAUUGCAAUUUCUACCAGUACAACGAUAGUACUUUUGCAAUGCAUAGCUGGCCAACAAGUACAACUGCUUGACUUUCUGCGAUGAGGUGCACGCCGUCGGGAUGUACGGAGAGCGGGGAGCCGGGAUUGCGGAGAGGGAGGGCUUGGAGCUCGAUAUCAUCACCGGGACGCUUGGCAAGGCGUUUGGCGCGUUCGGCGGAUACAUCGCUGGGUAUAUUACAUAGGCUUGAGGUUCUUGUAAAUCCUUUAUGAUACUAUGAUCUAUGAAUGUAUGCUAUGUGUUGAUGCAUGAGCAAGCAUGACCAAAUGAAAUGACACGACUAAACCCGUACCCGGACUCUUUGUUUUACACACAGUUCCUCCGCCUACAUCGACUGCGUCCGUUCCUACGCGUCGUCUUUCAUCUUCACCACCGCGGUUCCCCCGGUGGUCGCUAUCCUCAGGAAAAACAUCCCCACCCUAUAGUUGUCAUGCAAAUGCGCAAUGACAGGAGCAUUUGUAAUGCGCAGCUCCAUGAAAGGCUUUUCCAUUCGUGUUUUGGAAUUUGUAAUGCUGCAAACAGGUUGAGAGAAUGGCGCUCUCAUGCGGCUUCCCUUGCCAACCAGCACUACACUGCAGAGGAAAACUUGUCAUGCGCAGCUCCCAAAACUUGGCGAUUUGUGUUGCUAUUUUCCCAACUUGACUAUGGGGCGGGGACGUUUUUGCUUCGGAUAGUCGCGGCCGGCGCCCUAGCGUCCGUCCAGCACUUGAAAAAGUCCAACAAGGAGCGAAAAGGUAUCCUGUGCAAAAGUAUCGUACUCGUAUUGCAAUCAUGCAUUACAAAUCUUCUUUUUAAGGUAAACUUGCAUUACAAAUUUUAUUUCUCAUGCUGAGAAAAUUUGUGAUGCAUUUAUACGAGUGCGAUACUUUUGCAGUUCAUAAAAGGGCAACAGAAGCAGGUGAAAUAUCUGACGAAACUGCUGCAGAAGAACCACUUGCCCUACAUGGAAAACAGCUCCCACAUCGUGCCGGUGUUCAUCGGGGACCCGGUUAAGUGCAAACAGUUGACGGAUUUACUCUUGAAACAGCACCAGAUUUACAUCCAGCCCAUCAACUACCCGACGGUGCCGCGGGGCACGGAGCGGAUCCGGGUGACGCCGGGGCCGCUGCAUUCGGAUGAAGAUUUGGAGUACUUCGUGAAGGUGCUGAAGGAAGUGUGGGUGGAGCUGGAUCUGCCGUUUGUGGUGAAUAAAAAGCAGAUGAAAAAAGGUAGUGCGAAGGCGGAAUCGGCGGUCGUUUCGCCUGGUGUAAACAACGGCCUCCCUAUCGACGUCCCUCCUGUCGCCGGUAGCUACAACCCGUCGCCCAAUUCCCAGCUCCGCGACGCGACGGUGCUGCUAGCGCAGGAGUCGUCCUCGGGUGGUGCAGGAAGCCCUGUCCGCCAGAUGGCUAUGGCGCGGAGUCCGGUCCCGAGUGCGUCGCCGAAAGCUGCAGGAGGGACAAUUUGAGGGGGCACGAACUGGAAUCAUUUUUCUAGAUUUUAGCUCUGGUAUGCAGCAGGGAAGAUAAAUGAAACUGGAUUCAGAAACGCGCUGUGGCACUGCUACAUAGUCCUCCAGUGAGGGCAAGUAAUAGAGAAGAGCAGGCUACUACAUAUUUCCUCGCAAGAAUUUCAAUUUCAUCUUCAAUAAAGUGCACUACAGCUUAUUCUUCUUCCAGUUCAAAAAGCACUACAUCGUUCUAUGAUUAUGGAACUACGAAGCGCGUCUUUUAAUACUUUGGCAAACAGCAUGACUGAUCAACAUUUCCCACUUUACACUUAGGGCUAGAAGAAUUUGAAUUGCUACAUACACAGUGCUCAGCAGCAACGUCGCUAGUAGUGCUAGAGACGAACAUUGGUGUUUGGGUUUCUGAAAGCUCAGGCUGAUGCCUCGCCGUGAAACUGCAGCUUUUUCACUAAACAAUUUUUUUAGAACAGCAAACGAGAGCGGGUAUCACACACACAGACGGGCUGGUAGCAAGUUCAACAUAGAGAUAUUACUCGACUGGACAUGAUGUUAAUUAUACGAACCGCUUCUAUUGCUCCUGUUGGAGUUGGAAUUACAUCGAAAGGAAGAGAGAAUUGCAAUGCAUUUCAAAAUAUUUACAGAAGUCAUCAAAUGUAAAUUGCGAUUUGAGAAAAGCAACGCCACCAGCUGGUUUUCAUGAUGGGAUAAAACAAUUCAACAGCAGUAAUGGUAAUCGAAAAGCGAUAAACUACAAUCCAGAGCAAUUUCCUGCAGCUACGCACUUCAAUCGCUCCGUCGGUCGUAAGCUGCGAGGAUAAAGGGAUCAUUCGCUUCCGCUACAUGAGAACUUCUACCUGAAUGCCGGUCUUUGCGACUGCCGUGUAAAAAAUAGCAAUAUGCCCGUAUGAUACAGCUCCAGUCAAUGCAAAAGACCAAAGUAUCUCGAUGAAGUUUUUAUCACUUCGUUUUGUAGCGACGUAUGAUUUGAAUUUUUCCGCUGCGGCGAUAAAAAGUUCAACAUUAUGCAAGAACCUCCGCGGCAUUUUUAUGCACCAGAACCGACUCUCGUGCGACUCACUGUACGCUCUAGCUUUGAAUUUAAGGGAAAAAAAAGAAACAUUUUUUACAAAGUUAGCACGAAGGAGUGAGCUUAUGUCUUUGCUCCUUGUGUUCCGUAUGAAUUGGUAGUAAAAGACAGAGAUGAAGAAGUUUUAUUUUCCUCCUAGUUGCUGCACUUCCAUUUCCAAUUUAUCGACACGAUUUUAAUACGUCGAUAUGGACGCUUACAAGCAGUGUGUCAUCGCAUUUGCGUCUUUGAAGAUUGAGACUAUGAGGAAAAAGUUUCUCAAGGGAACUUUUCUCGCGCCAUCCCGCGCCCGCUCAUAAGGAGCCUCUUUUAUCGCCUGCGACUGUUGUGCCAGCUUUCGUGUUCUACUCAAUUACUCUAAAACGCUGAAUUAGCGGCAAAGCCGGUAAUCCCUGUGAAUUCCAAAAGCCCACGACUCUCGUGCAUCUAGGCCCGCCGCCCGUGCUUCAAAAUGAAUCUUGGAGCAGAACUACUUUGCAAAUUUGGCAAACGUGCCUUGCUUCGCUUUGUCCAAAUGCAGCAAACAUGUUACGCUGCUCGUCGCCGCGGGCGUGGCUUAUCUAACUUGCCUGCCCCAGGUGACAAGUCUGAAACGCAGCCACCUCAGCGCACAGGCAUCGUAGAGCAGGCGGGCGCGCCCGGGCGUCCGCUGGUGCGCCCCUCGGCGCCGACGUUUUGUCACAGAGUCAGGCCCCAGACACUCCGUUAACCAGACCUCGGGGUACCCAGAGGUUCUGUUUAUCGCGAGCUGUUUUUGGAUUUUUGGGUCUGCAGCCAAAAAUCCAAAAACAUCUCGCGAUAAACACGACCUCUGGGUACCCAUAGGUCUGGUUAACGGAGUGGCGCAGGGUCCAUUCCUGGACACAACGUCGGCCUGGGUGAAGGGGAUAUUGAAUCUACUUAGCACGACCUUUGGCAAUGCAAAGGUCAUGUUAAGCGGUUUUUUUUCCCGGCAGACUCAGGGAGUCCGCGACUCAGGGAGUACUCAUUUGCCCUUGCGCUCCUGUGUCCCUAUUCACGGGUCAGCACAACUUCGAGGCUGUAUGUUUGCAAUAUUAACGUCCGCCGAAUCCCGAUUCAGGAUUCUAGGGAUCGCUUAUCGCUGAGAAAUCGCGUUAAAUGUUGGGCGAGAGAUCGUGGAAAGUUGGAUUCUCACAGAGUGGCCGGGUUUGCCGCUUAUUCCCUUACUCAGAGUAUUUGCGAAAAGAUGAUGGUACGAUGAUUUAUUGGUUGACA